AUGUCCAGGGGAAACCACACUACAGUGACUGAGUUCAUCCUCUUUGGCCUCACCCAUUGUCCGGAGGUGGAGGUGGUCCUGUUUGUUCUGUUUCUAGCCAUCUAUGUCACCACUUUGGUGGGGAACAUUGGCAUCAUCAUGCUAAUUCAUAUCAAUUCCUGUCUUCACACUCCCAUGUACUUUUUUCUCAGCAACCUGGCCUUCCUAGACCUUAGCUACUCCUCCGCCAUUGCUCCCAAGAUGCUGGUGAACUUCCUAGCACAAAGCAAGACCAUUUCCUUCGCUGGCUGUGCAAUGCAAAUGUAUCUCUUUGCUGCUUUUGCAGAUGCCGAGUGCCUCAUAUUGGCCGCAAUGGCAUAUGACCGUUAUGUGUCCAUCUGUAACCCACUGCUCUAUAUGGCCAUCAUGUCCCGUAGGAUCUGUGUUUCGCUAAUAGCAGGGGCAUAUAUCAGUGGCAGUGUGAGCUCACUGGUCCAUACUUGUUUGACAUUCAGUCUGUCAUUCUGUGGCUCCAAUGUCAUCAAUCAUUUCUUCUGUGACAUCCCCCCACUGAUAGCGCUCUCCUGCUCUGACACCCACAUCAAUGAAAUCCUCCUCUUUGCCUUGUGUGGCUUUAUCCAGACCAGCACCUUUUUGGUCAUCCUUAUCUCCUACGCCUAUGUUCUUGCCGCCAUCCUGAGGAUCCACUCCACCGAGGGCAGGCUCAAAGCCUUCAACACCUGCACCUCUCACCUGAUGGCUGUUGCCUUAUUCUACGGGACUCUUCUAUUCAUGUAUUUACGGCCCAGCUCCAGUUACUCGUUGGAUGCAGACAAAGUGGUUUCUGUGUUUUAUACCGUGGUCUUUCCAAUGCUGAAUCCCCUGAUCUACAGCCUGAGGAACAAGGAAGUGAAGGAUGCCCUGAUGAAAAUUUUAGAAAGAAAACAGUUUUCCCAGUGA